AAUUUUCUCUGCUGCAAGUACUCUAGUAACAUUUGUAUUUGAUAGUGUGGUAGAUGUGGCUAGUCAGUAAAACUGACAGAAUGUUAGAGAUGGUAAAGUAUAGAGUAGAAAAUGUCGUACUCUCGCGAUAGAUGAUCGAGUCUUUUUUAGGCUCUAAGGAAUCGACCAAUAUGCCGAAGAAAUUCGUAGGUGAGAAUAGUAAGGCGGUUGCCGCCCGAGUCAGAAAAGCGGCAGCCAAAGAAGCUGAAACUAUAAAAAAAGCAAUGGAAGCUGAAGAUAAAGCUUGGGAGGAUAAUAAUAAACAACUAUUGAAGAAGAAACAAAAACAAGAAGAGCUCGAGAAGAAACGACAGCAGCAAUUAGAGAAAAAGGCAGAAGCGAAAGCUCUGCUUGAACAGGAAAUGGCCACUAUAAAAGUCGGUGGCAAACAGUCAGCGUCUAAGAUUACCAGAGCUGAAAUUGUUGCUGUUACUGAGAAACGAAAUCAAGUAGCUUUGAAGAAGAAAGAAGAAGAAAACCCAAUCGAGGAGAACUUGAAUAGAUUAACUUUGGAGGGUGAAAUUGCUCAAAAUAUAGACGAAGCUAUAUCUAUUUUGAGUACAAAGGAUCCUGAAAUUGAUCGUCAUCCAGAGAAACGAUUGAAGGCUGCAUUCGCGAGCUUUGAGGAAAAAAUGAUGCCGAUAAUUAAAGAACAAAAUCCUACAUUAAGGUUGAGUCAAUUGAAACAAGUACUUAGGAAGGAGUGGAUGAAAUCGGCUGAGAAUCCGCUUAAUCAAAAGUUACUAAAUCGCUGAUAACGAUAUGUCUCGAAUGCGUGUAAUAUCUGUUUGUGCAUCACUGACUGAUCUAUAGUUUAAUUUCGUUAUGUCUGAUUUAAUAAUAAUACCUUUUGCAAAGAUAUAACCAGUACUAUACACAAUUUUAUUUGUAAAAUGUAUAACUUAUAUUUAGAAAUAUUGUAUACGAAAUAACGAUACAUAAAUGAUCUUUGGUAAAA